AUGGUUGCCGCCGACUCGACUCCUAUCACGGCCACUUCGUCUUCGCCAUCUCAGCCCUUUAAUUGCUCUUCGCCGGCCAACCUUCACUAUGCCUUCCUCGUCCAUUCACAAAAAACAUUGACACAAAACCUUCCGCCUCGCGUCGACAAUAAACUACUCGCGCGCCAGAAACGGCGACGUACAAGUCCCGAGGACCAUGCCGUUCUCGAGGCCGAGUACAGGAAGAACCCGAAGCCUGAUAAAGUUGCACGAGCAAGCAUAGUUAGUCAGGUUUCUCUGGGUGAGAAGGAGGUUCAGAUUUGGUUCCAGAACAGACGCCAGAAUGACCGUCGAAAAUCGAAGCCGCUCGAGCCACAUGAACUCGUAGGGCCUCGAGCUCUAGAUGGCAUCCCGAAUGAAUCGCCGAGUAAUCAUGGCACGAGCUCUCCUCGCGAUGGCGAACAGGAAACCCCCGAACAGCCAGAGGGAAACUUCGAGAAGGACGACGAGGACGCGCUUGCAGACCCGUCGAACAACACUGAGAGUAAUGAAAUGGAGAUCGGCAUGCCAGCUGGCUCUUUGAAACCGGAGACAUCUUUCUCAUCACUUGGCUCGGCUACUUUGGGUAACGAUGUCGAAAUCAUGAGGGAUGUAACUGGCCUAGGCAUACAUGUGAAUGAAAAAAAGCGACGACUUUCGGACACGGGAGGCGGUCCGCGGGAACAUGAUGGAGAAUGCGUUCAAGUGACGAUCAAAUCACCUCCGUCCCUUCGGAUAUCAAUGUCUUUCGACGGCGAAGCGCUCCUCAGAAAACAGGGAGAGCCCACUCCGUCACCACCAAAGGCGCGCACGGCAGUGAGAAUCUCCUUAUCGUCAGAUGGCGAGGCCCUCAUCCGCACCCAAGAUGAACCCUCCCCCUCGAAAAAUCGCAUGCGUCUUAUUCCCGGCCGCGUGCCACGCCAAACUGGUCUGCGCAGAAGUGUCAGUGCAAUCAAUUUCGGAACACCCAGGGCCUCCCCAUCGAUUCGAGAAGGGAGCGGUAUGAAGCCGUUCGGUCGGUCUCGCGAUGCACGCAUGUGGGAGACCUAUUGUGACAAUGAUGCACGUAGCGCUCUAUCAACGCCGAUCGGUUCUCAACCGUCUACUAGUAUAAGGACACCAGGCCUAUAUCGCUCUGGCAGUCAUCGAUCUCUUGCUCGCCACUCCUUUUCCAAGCCAAACUUGUCGUCUCCAGCGAUCGGCUCGAAUAAUCCACAAGAUGUGGCCGAACCAUCCAGAGAGAAGCGACGAAAACUAUCUCGCACAGUGUCCUCUCUAGGACGACUGGAGUCUGUUCAGCAAUCCAUCCAUAUGACGCAGGACUCGAGCAGUGGCUUGAAAUCCACUCACCAGACUGGUAAAGGAGUUGAGCGCUGGGACCUGGAGGCCGGCGAUUCCGACAAAGAGAAUUGGCUUCCAGGAACAUAUCAUCGACCAGACCCACGUCGUCAUCAGAGAGCAAAGUCUCAUAGCCAACGUGCCGUUUUGAAAGAAAAUGGCGUUCGCAAAAACACCGUCCUCGAUGAUCUGGCACUGACCAAACAGGGCCGAUUAUGUCGUGGCCCGCGGGGUAGUAAGGAUGUGAAAGCCUCUUCACAGACCAUAGCCAAAUUAGAUGCCGAAGUCGCUGCUUUCAUGACCAAGCCCGGGUCCUCGAGUCGUGAAGAAGAUCUGGACUGUAUACAAGGACUCUUGUCCUUGAGUCAGGGUGCAUGGCAAUAA